AUGAUAAACCCUGAAGAACAACAGUUCAAGGAAGGGGAUCUGGUGUGGUGCAAUAAAAUUCCGUCCACAUGUGAAGAGGAAGAUGUUUUAUAUAUUUUAUGUCGUAUAAUAGAAAAAAAAAGUGAGGAUCACAUAAUAUUAACAAAAUAUGACAAUGAGACAAAUGGUUCUACGUUUGUGUGUGAAUCAAAACAUUUAUACAAUGCUAAUAACAAUAAUCCAUUUUCAUUAGAUGAAGAUGAUAUGAUUAAAUUAAAACAUUUUAAUGAACCUACAGUAUUGUAUCAUUUGCAUGGGAGAUAUGAGAAAAAUAUAUUUUUUACAAAGAUGGGACCAUUAUUAAUUUAUGUGAAUCCUAUGGAAAAAGAAAAAAAUUAUGAGAAUAACACAUUAAAUAAAAUAAAUAAUAUUAAUGAUAUAUGUAAUGAUGUAAUAGAAAAGUAUAAAUAUAGUCAUUCUAGUGAUGAUAUAAAAUUGAAUGAAUAUCAUGUUGGUAUGAGUGCUUUAAAAUAUAUGAAUGUAUUAAAAAAGAAUCAAUCAAUUAUUAUAACAGGAGAAUCAGGAUCUGGUAAAAGUAAAAUAUUUAAUAGUUUAUUAAACUUUUUUAGUAAUGAAAGAAUAUUCCCCCUCAAGAAAAAGUUUGAAAUAAGGAAUGAUGAUAAUAUUAAUAUAUCAGAAAUAUUAAAACAUGGUAAUAUUAUUAUGGAAGCACUUGGAAAUGCAAAGACUAGUAAAAAUAAUAAUUGUAAUAGAUAUGCUAAAUAUUGUAUAUUACAAAUGGAUAAAGACAAAAUUAAACAUAUAUAUAUGAAAAAGUUUUUAUUUGAUAAAGAGCGUUUAAUUAAUAGAAGAAGUGAUGAAAAUAAUUUUCAUAUAUUUUAUUAUAUCUUAAAUGGAUCCUCAGAAAAUUUUAAGAAAAAAUAUUUUUUAAAAAAUUUAGAAGAUUAUAAUAUAUUUAAAAAUGAUUCUAUUCGUGAUAAUUCAAAUGAUGAACAAAAUUUCAUACAAUUAUUAACAUCAUUAAAUAUUCUCUUUGAUGAUGAUAAAAAACAAAUAGAUUUUUUCUUUUCCAUUUUGUCAGCUAUAUUAUUAUUAGGAAAUAUACAAAUGAUAAAAAGUCCCAAAAAAUCUUUAUUCCGUCAAAAUUUUAUUUGUGAAUUUCCAUCAAAUUAUAAACAAUUACAAGAGCAACUAGAAUUUUUAGAUGAGUCCCACAUAUGGGAUAUGUCAAAAAAAUCUUCAUCUAGUUCAUCCUAUGAUGAAGGAUCAUCUAAUUUAUCAAAUAUGGAUUCCUCUGAAUAUUUGGACAAAAACACUUACAUCUUUUUAGUAGCUAGUAAACUCUUAGGUAUAGAUGCUGAAACGUUUUUAAAAUAUUUUACUUCCGGUUAUUUAUUAAAUGAAAUAAUAUUGAUGAAGGGUCAAAAUGAAAUGAAGGUGCAAAAAAAAAUCGAGCGUUUUAUGAAAACAUGUUAUGAAGAAUUAUUAAACUGGGUUAUAUGUAAGAUUACUACAAAAUAUAAUGAUAACUUAAUAAAUAAUAAAGAAAAAGAGAUAAUACAAAAUAACGAAAUUUUUGAAAAUGAGAAGAGUGAAAAAAAUGAUAAUUACAUAAAUGUAUUGGACAUCAUUUAUUUCGAGAACUUAAAAGAGAAUUCUUUGGAACAAUUUUUAAUAAAUACAACAAAUGAGUUUAUAUUAAAGGUAUAUACAGAUUUUUAUUAUAAAAAAAGGGAAAAUAUCUAUAAGCAAGAAGGAUUGGAAUUAUCAUGUGAUUCCAUCUAUAUAGAUAAUGAACAAUUAUAUAAAAUAUUAAUAUCUAAAGAAGGAUCUUUAUUUUCUUUGUUAGAAAAUAUAUGUACAAAAAAAUCUUUUGACAAAAGUAAUUUAUGUUCAACAAUUGUAAAUAGAUUUAUAAAAAAUCCAUAUAUUAAGGCGAAUUCAUUAGAAGUAAAUAAAGCGUUUAUUAUUAUUCAUUCAUAUAGUCAGAUAUCCUACAAAACCGAACAUUUUAUAGAAAAGAAUGUAGACAUAUUAACUCGUGGAUUUAUUGAAAUGAUAAAAAAAUCAGACAAUAAAUACAUGCAACAAUUUUGUAGUUCUUAUGAUUAUGAUACAAAUGGGAAAAUAAUGGAAGAGAAUAAAAGAUUUAGUGUUCAUACAAAUUUUAAAUUAUUUAAAAAAGAAUAUGAUCCAAAUAAUCAAAUGGCUGUAACAUUAUUAAGGAAUAAUUUAUUAGAAUUAACGAAUUCGAUAGAAAAAAGUUUUUGUCACUUUAUUAUGUGUAUAAAUACAUGCAGGAAAAAAAUCAAUACUGAAAUGGUUCCUCAUUUUGAUAAGAAGCUUGUGUUAAGUCAGGUUACAAAUUUCCAUAUGAUGAUAGAAGCAGAUCAGUUUAAGGAUGAAUAUUUCCCUCACAUGUUUUCCUUUUUCGAAUUUGUGCAAAUUUUUAAAUGUUUAAAGAAUUACAAGAAAAUAAAUCAUGAGGGCGAUGAUAUUCAUGUACAUGAAAAUGUGAAUAACAUGGAAAAUAUGUAUCAUACAAAUAAUCCUUUUGAUAAUGUAGAAUCAAAUGAUAAUAAAACAGUAUGUGAACAAAUAUUGGGAUAUAUGAAAAUAGGCGAAAAGAAUUGGACAAUCGGAAAAAAUAUGAUUUUCCUUAAUGAGAAAUCUAUGAAUAUAUUAGUUGAUUCAGUAUAUUACAUGUGGUUAAAUUCUUUAGAAAAUGAAAGCGGAAAAGAAGAAUUAUGUGAUUUGAAAGAAAUGAUGAAAGAAAAUGAUAAAGGAGAGAAAUAUGAGAAGAGGGAGUUGGAAUAUAUAAAUUUGGAUUAUGAAAAUGUGGAGAUACAAAUGGAAAAUGAUCAAUCAUAUUUAAAUUGUGAUAACAAAAAUGUUGAUACUAUUAAAGAGAUGGAAGUAGAAAUAAAAAUCGGAAGUUAUAAUACAGAGUUAAAUAAUAAAAUGGUUGACCAUGAUAUUGUCGAUAAUAAAUACGAUAGGGACGAUAAUGUUCAUAGAAAGAGUAGUACAAAUAUGUCAUAUGAUGAUAAUCAAAAUAUGGAAGGAGGGUUGUUAAAAGUUAAUUUAAAAAAGGGGGAUAAUACUUCUCUCUCGGACAUGGAAGAAGAAUAUGUAAAUGUAAAUGUAAAUGUAAAUGAUGAGGAAGAAAAAAUGAGGAGGAUGUCAAAGGAGAAAGAUAGAAAAGGAAGUAAAGUGAAAAGGAAGAGUAGCUUACUUAGAUUAUCCACAAGUUUGAGAAAUUCUUUCCAGAAAAUGAAAAAGAGUAAAUUGAAUGAGAAGGAGGAAAAGGUAGGUGAAAAGGUAGAAGAAAAGGUAGGCGUAAAAGUCGAAGAAAAUGUAGGCGUAAAAGUAGAUGAAAAGAUAGGUGUGAAAGUCGAAGAAAAGGUAGGCGUAAAAGUCGAAGAAAAUGUAGGCGAAAAUGUAAGCGAAAAUGUCGGCGAAAAUGUAAGCGAAAAUGUCGGCGAAAAUGUAGAUGAAAAGGUUUGUGAGGAGAAGGAUGAUGGUUAUGGAGUUAUGAAUUUUUUCAACAACAUCAAUUUUUAUAAAAAAGGAUUGAAAGAAUUAAACAAUGCUAUAAAAAAUUUUAAUCCAAUCAAUGGAAAACUCAAAAAGGAUAAGUUUUUUAAUAUGGGAAUUCAGAAUUUUUAUAACAAAAAGAAGAAUUUCUUCUUAGACUCCAAAAGGGGAAGCGAUGCUAGUAAAAAGGGGGAGGAAAAUAAAGAUGAACAAGAAAAUAAAAAUGAAGAAGAUAAUAUAGAUGUGAAAGAUAAUAAAGGUGAAGAAGAUAAUAUAGAUGUGGAAGAUAAUAAAGGUGAAGAAGAUAAUAUAGAUGUGGAGGAAAAUAAAAAUGUAGAAGAUAAUAAAGAUGAAGAAGUUAAUAUAGAUGUGGAGGAAAAUAAAAAUGUAGAAGAUAAUAAAGAUGUGGAAGAUAAUAUAGAUGAAGAAGUUAAUAUAGAUGUGGAGGAAAAUAAAAAUGUAGAAGAUAAUAAAGAUGAAGAAGUUAAUAUAGAUGUGGAGGAAAAUAAAAAUGUAGAAGAUAAUAAAGAUGAAGAAGUUAAUAUAGAUGUGGAGGAAAAUAAAAAUGUAGAAGAUAAUAAAGAUGAAGAAGUUAAUAUAGAUGUGGAGGAAAAUAAAAAUGUAGAAGAUAAUUUAGACGUGGAAGAUAAUUUAGAUGUGGAAGACAACUUAAUAAAUGUAAAAGAAAGUAAAGAUACAGAAGUACAAAAUGAUGAACAAAAAAUUGAUAAAAAUAAUGAAGAAGAUAUAAAGGAUAAUGUCAUAGAAGAUAUGAAUAAGGAACAAAAUAAUUAUAAUAAAAUGUUUAAAGUUGAGGAUAAUAUUAUCGAUUUAGAUUAUGUUGAUUUAUCAAACCUUGAAAAAUGUAUGAAUGAAGAAGAUACAAAUAAUAUGGAUGAGGAUGAAAAAAAUAAUAUGAAAGAUGAUAUAAAUGAGGAACAAAAUAACAUUGAUGAAAUUUAUAAAAGUGAUGAUCAUGUUGUUAAUUUAGAUAAUACUAAAAAGGAUGUAAAUAAUAAUGAUAAGAGUAAUGUGACAGAGGAACUUGAAAAUAUGAACUACAUGAAGACAAAAACUGAAGAUGAUAAGAGGGAAGACAUGGAAAUAUGUGAAGUGAAGGAAAAUAAGCCUGAUGAUAACCAAAUAAAUAAUGUUCAGAAGAAAAAAAAAAAAAAAAAAAGAAGAAAAAAGAAGAAAAAGAGCGUUCUAAAUAAUGUGGAGGAUAAGAAUAUGUUCGAUAACGAUGUAUCGGUUGAAAAAGAUAUGAUGGAAAAGGACAUAUCGGAUGAAAAAUAUAUGAUGGAUGAUGAUAAUAAUAUGAUGAACCCUGAUAAUGUAACAAAUGUUAAUAAAGACAUUUUAAAUAUUGAAAAGGUUAUGAUAUAUGACUACCAUAAUGUACCAGACGAUGAUAAUAUGAUGAGUGAGAAAAAAAUGGAUAAUAUGGAAAAUGAAUAUGAAAAAAUAAAAGAAGAAAAAAUCGAUGAGAUAGAAAUUGAAUAUGAUAAAAUAAAAGAAGAAAAUAUAGAUGAGAUAGAAAGUGAAUAUGAUAACAUAAAAGAAGAAUAUAUAGAUGAGAUAGAAUUAGAUAAUAAAGAAAAUGUGGAAGAUGAGAAAGAGGAGGAAUGUGUAGAGGAAACUAAAAUAAGAGAUGAUGAAAUAUAUUACGAUAAAAUGGGUGAUAUGGAGAAAAAUAAAUCAACUAGUAAUAUUGGUAUAGAAUUAUAUGAUAAUGAAAAAAAUAGUGAUGAUAGCUGUGUGCAUAAUGAAGAUUCAAACAACUUGACAAAAUGUGAUGAAGAAGAUUGCCUUGAUGAGAAUACAAAGGAUUGUUAUGAUGAUUAUAUGGAUGAGAAUUAUAUAGAUUUUGAUUUUAGUUGUGUUAAGGCUAUAACUUUAAAUAAAUUAGGAAAUAUGAAUGAGCUAUCAUGUUAUAAAAAUGAUGAAAAUGAUAUUAUACAAACGUUGUUUGAUUAUUAUGAUUGUUCAUAUGACAAGGCAUAUGAAAAUUGUUUUUUUGAAAAUAGAUGGGAUGAUAUUGUUGAAGAAGACGAUUCUUUUAUUUUUUUAAAUGUAUAUAAUAACAAAGAGAUGAGUAAUUUGAGAAAUUCCGAAAAUAAAGAUAUGUUAUUAAAUCAUUUAAAUGAUAUAUAUAUAUGUAAAAAUAAUGAGAAACAACAUGUAAUGAAGAUUAUUAAAAGAAUGAAAAAUGCUAUGGAAAAGGUACAUGGGAAUAAUAAGUGGAAUAUACUAUUCAGUUUUUCUGAUUGUUGUAUAAGAUCAUUUAUACAUGAUAAAGAUAAUGUGCAUAUUGAAAAGAAUGUUGAUUUAUUAAAAGAAAAAAUAUUAUUUUAUAAUGAAGAAUAUUGUAUAUAUAAUAAUAAAGAAAAUGAAUUAAAUGAAUAUACAUAUAAUCCUAUUGUAGAAUAUGUUGCAUUACCAAGAAAUAAAGAAGUACAUGAAAUAUGUAUAUCAAAUAAUAUACAUAAAAACUUUAUUAAAAACAAUUAUAAAAUUAUGUGUUUUCAGCCAACAAAAAUAUCAUACAAGGAUUUCUUAAAAUCCAAAUUAUUUUAUAAAUCUAUAAAUUAUACAAAUUUCCAAACACGAAACAUAACACAGGUAACUAUUGAUUUCUCUUAUAUGGAUGAUAAAAUGAAAAACAAUUUUAAACAACAUGUAAUAAAUGAAUUUGUAAAUAAUCCCAACAUAACUAAGGAAGAUUUAUCAAAUAGUUUAUUCCAUCUGGCAACAUAUUUCUAUCAUGAAAAAAAUAAAGAACCAGGAACAUGGUGUGUGUUCAUAUCUGAGGAAAAGGGUUUUGCUGGUGCAGUUAAUAUUGUAAAAAAUAAAUAUUUACGAAUGACAGCUCAAAAUAAAAAUAAAAAAUAUAACAUCCUUGUAUUCAAAACGCCAGCAUUGUAA